UGAUGUUUGUUAUAUUUCUCUUCUUGUUCCUGGCAUCAAGUGGAUGCCCCCCCCCUAAUCAUGCCUCGGUAGUUCAAAAAAUAAGGAAGAAAUAAAAAAAAAAUCAUCAUCUAAUAUGGAAGUAUAUUAAAGAUAAUGCCAUUGAUAUAACAAUAUUCAACAAGUAAUAGUAAUUGGAUUCAUUUAAGCCGAGGAGUUUGAAGUCUUUGGUUAUGAAAAUGGAAUUUUUUUUUGUUAGUUCUUUUACUUUCCUUUUCUUUUCAUUCUCCCACACUUUUUUUUUUCCCUUCUUUUUCUUCUUCCGAUCCAAGUUGGUUCGAACGUCACUUUUUGGUUAUUCCUUCAGUUUAAUGAUCCCUAAUCAAGUAUAUAGCGUGUUUUUUCUUUUUCUUUUUGUUUCUUUCUAUAUCUCUGGUCACUUUCCUUUUUUUUUUUUAGUAAUAUCAUUAUAUAUUAGGAUGAACGACUAAACAGCAACCGAAUAUCACUAUGUCAAAUUGAAAGGAUAUA